CAGGAGGACGGCUGCCGUUGCUAAGUGACGUCAACGCGCCGGUUGACGUAGCGACGGCGGCGGGCGCAGGGGGCGGAGGUCUUGUCGUCGCCGGGGCCGGAAUAUGGUACAUUACUUGCUGUGCAGCUGGAUGUUGCUGAAUAGCAUUUCCAUGAGCUUGCUGUUCAAUCUUUUUGUUGUUCAGAAUGGCAAAGAACCCUAAUUUUCAGGAAGUUGCUCAUCUGCCCACAGGCUACGUCCACUAUAGAUCUUCAGAUAGCUUUACUGGCUACCAAUAUCACCAUCCCUCCAAGAUGAGUAACAGCCAUCCACUUCGCCCUUACACAGCUGUGGGUGAAAUUGACCAUGUUCACAUUCUGUCAGAGCAUAUUGGUGCUCUAAUGAAUGGGGAAGAAUAUAGUGAUGUUACCUUUAUUGUAGAAAAGAAACGUUUUCCGGCACACAGAGUGAUCCUGGCUGCUAGGUGCCAUUAUUUCAGAGCAUUAUUAUAUGGCGGAAUGAGAGAAUCUCAGCCUGAAGCAGAAAUUCCUCUUCAGGACACCACUGCAGAAGCAUUUACAAUGCUGCUGAAAUAUAUUUACACUGGUCGUGCCACACUGAGAGAUGAGAAAGAGGAGGUCCUCCUAGACUUUCUGAGCCUAGCACAUAAAUAUGGGUUCCCAGAACUGGAGGAUUCCACAUCUGAGUAUCUUUGUACCAUACUUAAUAUUCAGAAUGUUUGUAUGACCUUUGAUGUUGCCAGUCUUUAUUCACUUCCCAAAUUAACUUGUAUGUGCUGUAUGUUCAUGGAUAGAAAUGCCCAAGAAGUGCUCUCUAGUGAAGGCUUCCUAUCACUUUCUAAGGCUGCUCUUCUGAAUAUUGUACUAAGGGAUUCAUUUGCAGCUCCUGAGAAGGACAUUUUCCAAGCUUUGAUGAAUUGGUGUAAACAUAACCCCAAGGAAAACCAUGCUGAAAUCAUGCAAGCAGUACGUUUGCCACUGAUGAGUCUAACAGAACUGCUAAACGUUGUAAGACCUUCUGGAUUGUUGUCACCUGAUGCCAUCCUAGAUGCCAUUAAAAUUCGUUCUGAGAGUCGGGACAUGGACCUCAACUACAGGGGCAUGUUAAUACCAGGAGAAAAUAUUGCAACAAUGAAGUAUGGAGCCCAGGUUGUAAAAGGGGAGCUGAAGUCUGCUUUAUUGGAUGGGGACACUCAGAACUAUGAUUUGGAUCAUGGAUUUUCUCGACAUCCAAUCGAUGAUGAUUGCCGUUCUGGUAUUGAAAUUAAACUAGGCCAGCCAUCAAUAAUCAACCACAUAAGGAUACUCCUAUGGGACAGAGACAGUCGGUCUUACUCCUACUACAUUGAGGUGUCCAUGGAUGAGUUGGACUGGAUUCGAGUCAUCGAUCACUCGAAGUACCUCUGUCGAUCCUGGCAGAAGCUGUACUUUCCUGCCCGUGUCUGCAGGUAUAUCCGAAUUGUUGGGACCCACAACACAGUGAACAAAGUUUUCCAUAUUGUGGCAUUUGAAUGCAUGUUUACCAACAAAACCUUUACUCUUGAGAAAGGUCUGAUAGUUCCCACUGAGAAUGUUGCAACAAUUGCAGACUGUGCCAGUGUGAUUGAGGGUGUAAGCCGAAGUCGCAACGCCUUGUUGAAUGGAGACACAAAAAACUAUGAUUGGGAUUCUGGGUAUACAUGCCAUCAGCUUGGGAGUGGAGCUAUUGUAGUACAGCUAGCACAGCCCUACAUGAUUGGAUCAAUACGGUUGCUACUUUGGGACUGUGAUGAUCGGAGCUACAGCUACUACAUUGAGGUUUCAACAAAUCAGCAGCAAUGGACCAUGGUGGCUGAUCGUACAAAAAUUUCCUGCAAAUCCUGGCAAACAAUCACUUUUGAUAAACAGCCUGCAUCUUUCAUCAGAAUAGUUGGCACUCACAACACAGCUAACGAGGUAUUUCACUGUGUGCAUUUUGAGUGCCCAGCACAGAACAGUACCCACAAGGAUGAGGGCAGUAAGGAACUGGCAACAACAGAUUUGGGGACUGGUGGACAACAGCUUGUUUCUCGCCCUGUUCGAGCUGCAAGCACCAGUUCCCUGCAUUCGCCUCCUGGAUCCACCUCACGUUCACAUGCUCAUCAACCAUAAAAAGAAUUGAAAGGGAGCUUUUGAAGACCCAUUGACAUUAUAUGAAAUUAUUCACAAUGUUCUUGUGCUCGCACUUUUUUUUUUUUCUCUCAGUGAACAAAGGGGACCAUGUCUGGAAGCUGGAAAUGCUGAAAUGGAAAAGGCUUCCCAAGGACAUGAAGAGACUGCUUCACUCUCCUCAAUUUGUUCAAAUCAGGCUGGCCUCCAGGGGGGAGAAAAUAGGUCUUCAAUCUUCAUCAAGUAUCCCAUUAACACCCUACCUCUCUAAUCUAACCAAGGCAAGGAGAACGGAAGGAAAUAAAAGGCAGAGCUACAGUGGAAAUGUAAAACGACUUGUGAACAGCAGAAUGGAAGGCAUAUGAAAUAAGUAUUUGUUCCCUGAAGGCUUCCAUUAGCAAAGAAAAUGUUUAUCUUUAUGGAACACAUCAGUACAGAAUAUAUGUUAUUUUUAAGCUUAUUCUUAAUUCAUAUUCCUUUGUAACUACUAAGCUGUCUGCUAAAUCAUUUUGACUUUGUAUACCACUUUGUUUCUUGUUUUUGGCUGUAGCAAAUGCAGUGCAGUAGAUUAAGGAAGUAUCAAGCGUGUUUACCUGCUGAGAUGCAAAUUCGUUCAUCAGUGGGAUGACAAGAAAAGCCUUCAUGAUAUCAACAAACUAAUUAAUGGAUGUUAUAUUAAUCUUGACCUUAGCUGACUUUUCAAAGUACAGAUUUGUCAUUUUUUAUACUCAAAGGAGAAACUCCUAAAUCAGGCUUCCAUCUUGAGAAAAACAUAUUUUCUGCUCUUGAAGAUGAUUGCAUACAUUUUACCUGUAUUUCCAAAAAGAGUUCAACAGAGUUUUUGUUUAGAAAAGUGGAACUGCACUUGACUGCUAACAAGCAGAUGUUCAGAAUACAAAAACAGGAAUUUGCAGAUUAUUAUUUUUAUCCAAGAAAAGAAUGUUUUACGUUGUGGAGCCUAAAAUUUAAAGGCCAGGCAUAAACUUUUCUCAUGAUCUUCAUAGAAUAAGAUGCUUUAACACUAUAUUGUAAAAAAUCUAGCUCUUACUGCGCAUCACAGAAUUAGUUAUCCAUCUGUGACUGUUUGGAUCGAUUAUCUGCUUUGCUUAUUUUAAGUGUUUUUACAUUAACAAUGAUGCACUCUCUUACUCUCCAGAUGCACAUGGCUUCUAGGAAGAGCUCUGCAUUGGUCUUUCAGUAUGUGAUGAAGUGUUUCCGUAUUAAGACAAACAUUGAUGUAAUUGACAAAACUGAUUGGGGGGUUGAUCCUCUGCAUGAGGUACAUUAUCUUGAAAAUGUUGGCCCUCCAGUUUUAUGAACUUGGAAUUUCCUUGGUGACAGAUAGUCUUGUCAGAAAAAAAGAAAGGUAGUGUAGGUUAAAUACGGUUUUCCUUUGUAUAACCAUAGUGAUAAAAUGAGUUAUAUCAGCAUAGCAAAUAGGAUGUUAAUUUGUCACACUGCUUAAUUUGAAAGAAUUUCCAUGUUGGUUAUCAGUUGGGCUGAAAAAGGAAGAAACAGAACAAAUGGUAGCAAUGAAUCAGUAGACACGUUAAAGGAGAUAUGCUGCUUCUUUCUUAUUUCCAGUAAAAUUGGUUUGGUUUUAUUGAUAGUAUUAUAGUAUUUUCCAUGACCAGGUCCCAGUUCCAUUCUUCUGAUGUUUGCAUGCAGCCUCCUUCCUUCCCACUGCUCUUUUCCGAUUAUAAUGUCUCUCAGUGAAGAUGCAGGCACAUCGCAUUAUAUGUAGCUUUCAAUAUAUGCCCUGGCUGCCUUAUACAGUCUUGAGUUCAGAGGCAGGAUAUAGCUCAUAAGCCUGUAGCUAGUCCUGGCUGCCAAUUACCAUGAAAAAACUGAGCCUAACUAAUGUGGACACAACCCUUUUAUUUAAGCAAGCCCUUUUAUUAAAGGUCCAAAAAUUCAGAACUAUUUUUUUUUUCCUUUGAAGAGAAAAAAACAGAGAACUCCUCUAUUCUAGUUGUAAUCCAUGCUGGAACUAGUGAGACGCAUGGAGCAUGUCUUGUCUUUGGUAGACAGGUCCUUCAGUGCCAGUGUUGUUAUUUCUUUGCACUUUCAUCAAUCAAGCUUCUCACUAACUGUGGAUAAACAAAGACCAUAACUUCCUAGCUGUGUUAGUCUUUAGUAGUCACUGUUGUAGAGAAUGUGUUAAGAUAAGAAUGAAAAAAGUUUGUGCCAGCUGUUCUGAGUUUAGGCUAUCAAAGAGCAAGAUUUUCAGUUUGUAAUCUCUGACAUGUACAAUUAAUUUUCAGGAUACAAAUCAAUCCGAGAAAAAAAAGGCUAUAAACUAUUGCAAGUCAUCUUGUUCUUGUCUUAUGACUCACUGUUGAAUAAAAAUGCCUAUGUAUUUCCCAUGACAUUAGCUCUCUGCCAAGGGCUGUACUGGUCACUUUUCAGGUAUGAUGAACCUGAAUGAACAGGUAUGAGAGAUUCCCAAAGCAAAAAGAAUUAGGUCCUAAGGAACUUCCAAUAUCCCUUAAAAAUAAAUUGGUCAAAACAAAAACCAUGUUAGCAUUAUCCCUUCAUACAGAUGAAUAGAAUUUUUGAGUAUUAGGCUGAUUCUCAGUCACAUCUGGCCUUUCUCACAGAUGAUUUCUUGUGUUACAGUUAUUCUUAGACCUUGUCAUUGAAGUGAAUCAAAUGCGAUCACAGAACUUUCAAACCUUUAAGACAGGCAUCACCAUAUCCUAACAUUUUUUAGUGUGAAUACUUAUUUAUUCAAAGAAAUAGUGUCAAAAUGUUUAAGGAACCUCAACUCUGCUUCGUUCACCUCGCCCAACAACUGCAAUAUCUUUAUUGCCUGGUGUAGUCCUCUGCCUUAAAUACUCCCUCAGCAACAUAAUACGCUAGCGACAAAGAAAAUAUCACACAGAACUGAUUUAUGUUUGGUGUGAAUAUUCCCAUUCUUUCUAAUGGUGUAUGUAUAUAUUGUAUUUAUUGAUUCCCAAUUUCAGAUAUGAUUCUUGCAUUUUCUUCUGAAAUCUUUUUUUUUUCUUUCUUUCAGUGGAAAGAAGUUGUGCUGUUUGGCUAAAUAAGAGGUGAUUUUUAACAUCAGGGCUUCUCUGCAGAGUGCUGAGAUAUUAUUUAUUAUUCAGAAUUGCAUAUCACUUAUGCAUGUUUUAUUUGCAACAGCGUUAGAACAAAAUUGACCAGCUGUUCUUUGCCUUCUUGUCAGAAACUAUAAAAUAGUUCUUCUGUUAGAUUUCUAGGUAACAGAACUAACUAUAUUGUCAUUACUGAGACAUUAUUUCUAUUUAGUAGUUCUGUUGUAAUAAUCACUAUCUUUAAAUUCCUCAUGCUUCAUUUUCUUGGUUGUUCUUCCACAGGUUGAGUUCAGACUUACCCCUAACUCAUAUGGAACUCAACAGAGCUCUUCCUAAAGUCUCUUCAUUUAAUUAACUUACUCCAACUGAAUUGAAAAGAUUUUUAUUCACAGAAAUGUAUGGCCAAAAACCACUCAUUUCAGGAAGAGCAAAUUCAGUAUUUGUAAAACUGAUUUAUCUGGGAAAAUGAGUUUCUGAGCUGAGCAAAAAUUGCACAGCUCUGUUUUCAAACCACUGUCAAACAGCUCUAAAACAAGUUCCUAAAAUAUGUCUUUUUAAUUAUAAAGAAAAGUAUUAAAAAGCAAAGAAUUUUCUUCUAGGAAUUACUUUUUGUAGAGUGUUCUUUUUAUUUUAAUCUUGGCUUCUGAAGAAGUGUAAUUUUAAUUGGAAUCACAGUCUAAGACUGAUGUAAAGGACUUGGCACAGAGAAGAAAUCACUGGUUUUGUUAGGCAAGGAACUGUUCCUCUUUGCAGUUUGCUUCCUUUACAGCUCCAUUUAUUUCUCUUUCUGCAAAAAUCAGUUUUGAAUGUUUACUGUGACAACAACUCUUGAAAGAGUUUAGUGCUUCUCAGCAUUGCUGAAAAAUUGAAAUGAACUUAAUGCAUCUUCAUCUUUACUAAUUAUGAAAUCAAAUUAGCAAAUUUUCAGUUUAGCAUCUGACUUGAUAAUACAAUGCUUGCUUUCCAUGGGAGGAAGAAAGCAAAAGAAGUAAUAUCAAUAAUUUUUCCACUCUUAACUUUUCUAACCAAAUGUAUGUGUGAAUAUGCAUUCAUUAUUCAACAAUGUUAUUUAAAUCUAGAGUCUGUGUAAAGAUUAGAAGACAAAGUUAAUGAUAUUCUUAUCUGAUCGUUAUUUAUUAAUUCCAUUUAUACUGAGAUGCCCACUCAAAGAUACUAAUGUGGAAUCAGAAUUUAGAUGUGAUUUCACAGAAAGUAGAAAUGAUAUGCAUUAUUUUUCUCCAUGGAAAUAUUUGUUGACUUAAAUUUUGAGGGGUGCUCACAGAACAUCAAAAUGGGCAAGAUUUGGUCGUCGUGGUUGCAGCAGUUAGUAAAUAUCUGAGCCAGUAAGUGUUAACCUAUUUAAAAGUUGUAAGCUCAUGUGGUAUCAUAUCAGUUGCCAGAGGACUAAAACAUGUUUCAGAAAUAAUAAUAAUAAUAAUAAGUCCCCAGAGGACUGCUGGGGUCUGGCCCCUUUCCCUGUCCUCCAGUUAGUGGCAUAGUUUGGUUGGAAUCCUUAGUUCGCUCUGACCGAACUGACCGUUAAUGUUGUCGGCUGUCCUAGUUAAUGCAAAUUAACGUAGGAGCUCCACAAAGCUUGGUUCAGGGUACAGCAAAUAAAGUCCUGGGCCAGGUUUUUAUCGGAGUACCUAAAUAUUCAUGUAUGUGUUCAGUUGAGCUAAUCGCUAAUUAUUUAGCUUGAAUUUACAACAAAUUCUAAAGCUGCUAAACUAAACAAAUUUUGUGCAGGCAGGUGUGAAAUGGUUACUGCUGUGGUGUGGCAGGGUACUGAAUCUUUUUUAUGGUUGCUUAAGAUGUGUAAAUGACUAAACAAGGGUGAUCAGGUCCAAAGCUGUUGUUGCUCAGUUGUUAAGGACUGGCAAUUUGGCUGUAGUGAGGUGCAUAAAAUAGAGUAAAUUAAAUGCUCAUCUUGAAGGUAGUGAUGCCUUCCAGUGAUUGUAUAUAUUCCUCCUCUCUACUUCGUAAGCUAUGGCUUGCAGUCUUUACACAGUGAGCCUUCACGUGAGCAUUAACUGCUUUAAAAAAUUGCAGGCUGUUCGUUGGCCCUACACAAGUUUUCAUUACAAAGCUUUGACUGAAGUACUGUAGAAAUCAUGCCCAUAUUCCGUGAUAGAAUCUGGGUCUAUGCUUGAUUUUAAAAAUGCAUACUAGAAAAUUACAGUUUUAACAUCAGCCCUCAACUUUUCUUAGAUGAGGAAAGCCUGAAUUAAUAGCUAUAGUACAUGGAAAACUGCAUAUGAGAAAACUGCAGAUGUCUGUCAUUUGCCAAUAGGGUGACUACAAGUGCAAUUAUAUGCAGGUUUUGUAGUAGUGUAUGUAUAUAUAAAUGAAUAUAUAUAAACAAAUGGUGGUAGUAAGUAAAUUGAGUAAUAAUAUGUUCUUGGCUUUAGAUAUUAUCACCCAAUCAGACAUCAGAUAAUUAUUUCUUUUCCGUUUGCCUCCAACCUGAUAGAAUAAUACAGCUCAAUGUUCUGAAAAAAGAUAUAAUUAUUUUAUUAUAUACAUGCUGUGAGAAUUGAAGUUCAGAUUAUUUUAGCUAAAAAUCUGCAUAUGAGUGAUGACUUAAGUCUGCGUAGAGGUGUAAACAUGCCUCUCCUUUGCCUCAUGCCACUUUAGGUCCUGGGCUUUUGUAGAAGAAGGAGAGCUGCACUGUUUGUGUGUUACAAGUACAUUUUCUCAUCAGCAAUUCACUGAGUUAUUUAUGUGUUUAUUAUCUUGGCACAUCCACUCUCUUUGUACAGUUCCUCAGCUCUCUAUUGAAAGAAUGUAACCUAGUUUCUCAUAAUUUUCAGAGUUAUACAGCAACUCCUGAAAACUGGCAGAUACAUCAACAGUCUAUGUUAAGGCGUUUGAGGCAUUUAAAAAACUCACCUGUAUACCCUUUUACAACAAAUGCUACGUAUCCAAAAAGGACCAGUGACUUCUGAAACAUCCAGUAAGUAGGGCUGUUAUUGUAGUACAGAUCAGGGUUUGCACCUCUAAAACUGUAUGCCAUGUAAUCCUAAUGAAUAGUAGUUAUUGCAGCUUCUUUCUGUAGGAAAAGCUAUGAAACUUGCACACAUACCAGAAAUCAUCAUUUUCUUGGUAUCAUUUUUGGCCUACAUAUAUAUCUGUUGUCUCUUUACUUCUGAGCUAUGGUCAUUAGGUGAUUUAUGGUUAAUACCUAUAAUCCUAUAAAUGUGUUUAUUGAUAGAUACUAAGAAGUUUUCCUCUUUAAUGAAAAAUUUUAGACUGUGCUUUUGAAGCAUGGUAAGUCCCCAGAAUUGUUUUCUGGCAUCUUCUAUAGCUCUGUUGUUUUUAUAGAUAUUUUCAGCUGCUAAAAGAUUGUAAAAUUUUUCACAGGAAUUUCUCAUAGAAAUAUGUCACACUGAGAAAGUGCUUUUGAAAUCAUCACAGAGAUUCAUUUCUGAUUAGCAGAGGCAGGUUUCUUCUGCUGUCCAUUGGCCAGGAUUCCAUUUGGACCAUUCUGUGAGUUUAUUUAUGCCAAUUUAAUAACAAGAAUAUUGAUAUUUCCUGAUUUGGACCUGUUACUGGAAUGAUAUUUAUUAGUUUGGAGAGAUAAACAUUUUGAAUUAAUGUUUUAAAGCAAUAAUGCCAAGUUCAUGGGGUUUAAACGCUUAGAUUAGAAAAAUAUCAGUCUGGUAGCAAGGGCUAGUGUUGCAAGCAAUGAUCUGGGAAGAGACUGUAAUGUAGUUAUAUAUACAUCAGUGCAUAUAUGGCUUAGAAAGUGAUCUAUCUGUCUCGUAGUGAUUAUUUGCAGGGAUGUGUUUCUACGUGGCCUUUUUUGUAACUUAGGGAAUUUUGUUAAGGAAUCUAUCAUUCACAUGAAUGUGAGUGCUUGGCAAAGAGGAAGAGAAUGGAGCACGACUUCAGUCGUUUCAGGGGAAAAGCAACAUGAAGAUCUGAGUCCUGUGGUCCCAGCUAGUGCUGUUUGUCCCAAUGCUCACAGGAGUUACUUUCUCCUACCUCACUCCCCCAAUCUCCUUGUUACUCCUUUUCUUUUUCCCCCUACCUAGCACCAUGUUGCUGUUGCUGCAGUGUUCCCUGGAACUUUCCUCCAAAUUGUGAUGUAUCACAGAUUUCUUUUUACCUCUUCGCCAUAUGCUGAAUAAAAUAUCUCAGUCCCAGUUCAUUGGCAUCAAACUUUAAAGGUAACUACCAGUAGGCUGUCAAGUGCUCGUGAGCAAAAUUUCAGUUUGGUUGAUAUGGGAAAUACUGGCCCUUUUGGACCUUGUACUUCCAUAAUCUGUUUGCACUGUGUCUGUUAUCCUGAAGAGAGAAGUCAAUAAGAGGUUUCCUGGCUGUUGGUCUGGCUGUGUGCAGGCUUAUCUAAUUUAAGUCUUACAUAAUUGUACGUAUUUCUCUCUCACUGUGCACCACAUACAUGCUUAAUUUGUUGUACAUAAGUGUUUUUUUCUCAAUAAACUGCAUCAUGGAAAGUGAACCUUCAAAGAAUUCUCAGGUUUCUGGAGAAACCUGUGUGAAGAAGGUAUUUCAGCUGUCUGCAGAUACUAACAUCCCACUGAGCACUUGGACUUGUCUUGAGAAUAUAGCUUUACUUCACAUUCAGUGCCCAAUGUCUAUUAACUUUAUCCAAUAUCUUGUAAAAUUUCAUUUGCUUUCUGAUUUGCUGAAUUUCAUUUGGUUUUCUUUCUGGAGUGAAUGUUAACAUUGUUCCUUCAAACACCAUGAAUUAAAUAUUAGGAGCCAGGCUGAAUAGGAGUUCCGCUUUUAAUGAACUUUUUCACUCAUUUCUGUCAGUGCUUCUCCUUCUUGACAGACGGUAGUUUAAAACUUUAUGGUUACACUCCCCUUCUCUGUAGCAAUUAUCAAUUGUAUCUUGGUAGUUUUGCACAUUAAAUCCUUUUCCCUCUUUCUUGUAUUUCCUAACCAUAGCUUGGUUCUAAACUACCUCAGACCUUGUUGCGAACAGAUACAAGUUUCAGCUAAAGUGAAUACUUUAUCGUAGUCUUUGAAUACUCUUUAAGUGCAUGAAUAUGUAGCUAAAUCAGCCUGGCAUACAGUGAUCGCCUUUUCAGGAAUACUGCAUCUGGUGUAAGACACUUAACUGGGAUGAAUUCACAGCCCCACAUGUUCAGGCUCUCAUUUGUAUCUCUUUCAAGAAAAACUUUUAGGGAGCACACCUUCUGAUAUGGGAAGUGCUUGGCCUUUCAGCUCUUUGAAGGAACAUGAUAUUGCCUGCGCUGGACUACUGUUAUCUAUCUUUAAUGUGACAACCAUCAUAAAAACUGCUGCAUCAGACCUCCAUUCCUGGCUGUUCAAAGGAGCUGUGCUAUUGUGCUGGACUGUGCUUGUUGUGUAAGAAUAAUCCCUCUCACAGCAUGUUUGGAUCACCUUGGUAACAUUUUAUACUGCAAUGUAUGUGCAUUGCUGACCAUUUGGCUAAUUCGGUUUCAGGUAGAAUGCUGGGUGCAGGUUGUGCUGCGGUUAUGCAGUCAACAACUUUGGGAAUUGUGUGUUUCUUUAAGUUACCUGCUGAACAAUCUGGUAAACAUUGCUAGUACUGAUUUCCUUGCAGCUUUUCACCAGCAGACAUGCACAUCAUCAAACAAGCAUUUUGUAAUAUGGAAUUUUGUAUGAACAUCUAGUAAAAAAGAAGCAUCGCAGUUAUAACCUUCUUAGUAAAAAUGUGUAUAUUUGUAAUGAAAGAUUAUAGAAUUAUUAAACUUAAUAUAAGCUAUACUGUGCAUGCUCUAGCAUUGUAUUAAGAACUUGUAUUAAAAGCCGAUAAGCAGAGGACUCUGGAGAACAAGGGAGGUUAGCCUGGAUUUCUUUUUAAGAGCUUCAAAGAGGGGCAGAACUCUCCAGAGUGAAUGCAGGACCAGACAAUGCUCAAAGCAAAUUGUAAAGUGAAACUGUUGUGCUUUUUAUUUAUUUCUUUGGGGAUUUUUCUUUAAAGUAUUUAACUUCACAGGAAAAAUACAGAAUAUAUUUAAGAUGGUGACAAUUAGCAAUGAACCUUUUCAAGAAUGAGAGGGUUGUGAUUUGAGAAAUAAAGUGAUCUUUUGUGUUUAA